AAUGUCAGCUCCCACUUCUAAUGUCCCAACUAAAAUAUUUAUGCUUUUCGUCCAAACGUCAUCCGGUAUUCAGUAUCCACAUACUAUUAAAAUCAAAUCAAAUUGAAUUCUCGACCGAUCUUCCAGACUCAAUUUACUGAACUUCUGUUCAUCCACCAACAAAUCUGACGUAAGCACUUCUCUUUGAAACUAAUAAAGCCAAGCCUCGCUUCCCUCCCCAAUCUGCACUUAUCCUUUAUCUUUUGCUUCUACAGUCUAGAGUUUCUGGGCUUUGCAUCUAACAAUUCUGGCCAUGACGAAUCAAGCAUUCGUCUUCUUCACCCUAGUGCUUCUGUUCUGUCUUUCUGUUCUUCAUUCUGCUUCUUCUCGCAGCUUAUCGUCCGAGUCUUCUGAAUUCUCCACCGCUGUUCUUGAUGUAUCAGCCUCGCUUGAGCAAGCCCAGAAACUCCUUACCUUCAACCCUGAAAAGCUUCGACCUAAUAACCUGCAAGAUGAAGAAACUAAGAUUGCCUCUAGUUCUUCUUCAUUCUCCGUUCGGUUACACUCUAGAGAAACUUUACUCAAUUCCCAGCACAAGGACUAUAAGGACCUGGUGCUGACCCGACUCAACCGUGACUCGGCCCGAGUGAAUUCGUUGAACACCAAGCUCCAGCUAGCUCUCGACCAACUCAACAGGUCGGAUCUUCAUCCGAUUGAAACAGAGAUCCAGCCCGAAGAUCUGUCGAUGCCUGUUUCGUCAGGCAUUAGUCAAGGAAGCGGCGAGUACUUUUCCAGAAUCGGAGUGGGACAGCCGUCCAAGCCUUUCUACAUGGCCCUUGACACCGGAAGCGAUGUCACCUGGCUUCAGUGCCAGCCUUGCUCUGAUUGUUACCAACAAUCCGACCCGAUAUUCAACCCCUCCGGAUCUUCUUCCUACGGCUCGAUUUCUUGCGACGCCCCACAGUGCCGGGCUUUGGACGUCUCGGCUUGUCGGAGCGGCAAGUGUCUGUACCAGGUGGCGUACGGUGACGGGUCCUUCACCGUCGGAGAUUUCGUAACUGAAACGGUUUCGUUCGGGAACUCCGGCUCCGUGAACCGCGUUGCUCUCGGUUGUGGCCACGACAACGAGGGUUUGUUUGUUGGUGCUGCCGGUUUACUUGGACUCGGCGGCGGGCCACUGUCACUCACAUCUCAGAUUAAAGCGUCGUCAUUUUCGUACUGCCUUGUUGAUCGGGACUCGAGUCAAUCGUCGACUCUUGAGUUCAACUCGGCCACACCGAGUGACUCUGUCACCGCCUCGUUACUAAAGAACAGCAGGCUUGGCACUUUCUACUACGUCGGACUCACUGGAAUCAGCGUCGGAGGCCGAACUGUCUCCUUGCCCCCGUCUGCCUUUGCGAUGGACCAAUCUGGAAGAGGGGGAAUCAUCAUAGACUCUGGAACGGCCAUAACUCGGUUCCAAAGUGAAGCGUAUAACGCACUCCGCGACGAGUUCCGGAGAUUAACACAGAACUUGCGCUCCACCAGCGGGUUUGCUCUGUUCGACACCUGCUACGAUCUGUCUUCACUGAGGAGCGUGUCUGUGCCGACGGUGGCGUUUCACUUCAGCGGAGGGAGAUCGUGGCAGCUGCCGGCGAAGAACUACCUGAUCCCGGUGGAUGCGACGGGGACGUUUUGCUUCGCAUUUGCUCCGUCGUCGCAGUCGUUAUCGAUAAUAGGGAAUGUGCAGCAACAGGGGACACGUGUCAGCUUCGAUCUGGCAAACUCCAGGGUGGGAUUCUCGCCCAACAAGUGUUAGAAGUGAAAUGCCGUGUUUACCCUUCCCGCCUUUAAAAAGGUUGGAUUCCUGUCGUAUCCGUAGCGUGAGUCUGUGACUGUAGAUUGAAUGUAGUUGGGUGGUGGUGGGCUGAAAUGGGCCCACCGAAUUAAAGUCGAAAGGGCCAUUUGGGAGGGGCGGUGGUUGGUGUGACCCAUAAUAAUGAAAUGAUCAUAAAUUGUAAUUUUGGGGGAAUGAUGAUUUGGAAUUUGUAUAGUUGAGAGCUGAAACUUGAGUGGAUGAGUUAUUAGAGUGCAGGUAAAAGGGUAAGCUUUGAAUCUCCAUAUAGUAAUAUAAUUUAUUUAGUGGGCCAUCCUCAUCUUUUAAUCUCAUGAGCGAUUACAGUUAACCUGUGCUUGCUGAAA